UCUCUAAAGCCUCCUCCUUUGGCCAUCUAUUCUCUGCAAAAACCUAGCCAAAAUCCUUCCAUAUUCACCGUCCGUCCGUCCGUCCGUGAAAGUAACCAUGGCAACUGAAACUCCAAAGAAACAGCUUCAAUCCCCCAGAAAACCCAAACAAUCCCUCAAUAAUCUCAAAGUACAGUCCUCUCCUCUUUCCAUUUCUCUCUCCCCUCAAACCCCUCAAUCCUUAAUCCCUCCCCAGGCUCCUCCUCGCCGAUCCUUGCGCCGAACUUCGCUACAUUUCAGUUCAACACCCAUAGAGGAUUCCAUAGAAUAUGAAAAAUCAGAUCCAAAGACGCCUCGAAAGGCUGUGGAAGAAAUUGGGAAAAUUUCGGGGCAAAGUCGAAAGGGGCAGAGUCAUGAGGAGAGGGUGAAGACUCCAAAAACUCCAAAAAUUCCAAAAAGAAAGAGAAAUGGUGAGAAUAGGAAAACCGCAAAGUUGGGUAUUCUGGGUGAAGGAAUGGUUGAGGCUGAGGUUACAUUUUCUUCAGUGACACCGGAGGUCUUGGAGACUAAGAAGAGGAAAAGAGGGGAAGAUAAAACUGUUAUACCAAGAGCUAUGGCUACAAGGAGUUCGAAGAAGAAGGAAAAGAAGAGGGUUUAUUAUAAGAAAGUGGUGUAUGAUGAGGGUGAGUUUGAUGUGGGAGAUGAUGUGUAUGUGAAGAGGAGAGAGGACGCGAGCUCGGAUGAUGAGGUUCCUGAAAUGGAGGAGUGUAGAGUGUGCUUCAGGGCAGGGAGGAGUGUGAUGAUUGAGUGUGAUGAUUGUCUAGGUGGAUUUCACUUGAAAUGCUUGAAGCCGCCUUUGAAAGAGGUUCCUGAAGGGGAUUGGGUUUGUGGGUUUUGCCAGGCUCAAAAACUGGGGAAAUAUGUUGAGUUUCCUGAGCCUCCAGAGGGGAAGAAGCGGGUUAGAACUCUAAGGGAAAAGCUGCUUGCUAGUGAUUUGUGGGCUGCCCGUAUAGAGAGUUUGUGGAAAGAAGUAGAUGGUAGCUUUUGGUUCCGGGGGCGUUGGUAUAUGAUACCAGAAGAGACUGCAUGUGGAAGGCAACCCCAUAAUUUGAGGAGGGAGCUUUAUCGGACAAAUGAUUGUGCUGACAUUGAGAUGGAAUCUAUCAUCAGGCAUUGUAAUGUUAUGAGCCCCAAAGAAUAUGCCAAGGCCAAUGAUGAGGGGGAUGACGUUUUUCUAUGUGAAUAUGAAUAUGAUAUUCACUGGCACAGUUUCAAGCGUAUAGCUGAGAUUGAUAAUGAUGAAGCAGAUGAUGAACAUGCUGACAGUGAUGAAGACUGGAAUUCUUCCAAGGAACCUGACUCUGGAACAGAUGAAGAUAUGGAAUAUGAAGAGGAAAGCACAAGGAAUGCACAAGCCAGACUGUCCACGGCUCAUCUGGCUGCAAACUCUCGGAAGGGCCAUUUCUUUGGACUUCAAAAAAUAGGCACCAAAAAAAUCCCAGAACAUGUGAGGUGCCACAAGCAGACUGUGCUGGAAAGGGCAAAAGCAACACUUUUAUUGGCAACAUUGCCAAAGUCAUUACCUUGUAGGAAUAAGGAAAUGGAGGAGAUAAUGGCAUUUGUAAAAGGUGCCAUCUGUGAUGAUCGAUGUCUUGGACGUUGCCUUUAUAUUCAUGGUGUUCCCGGAACGGGCAAAACAAUGAGUGUAUUGGCAGUAAUGAGAAACCUCAAGUCUGAAGUUGAUGCAGGAAGCAUAAGACCUUACUGUUUUGUAGAGGUUAAUGGUCUAAAGUUGGCAUCACCAGAGAAUAUUUAUAGAGUUAUAUAUGAAGCAUUAACUGGACAUAGGGUUAGUUGGAAAAAGGCUCUGCAGUUACUGAAUGAACGUUUUUCAGAUGGAAAGAAAAUUGGCAAGGAGGAUGACCGACCUUGUAUUCUACUCAUUGAUGAACUUGAUCUUCUUGUAACCAGAAACCAGUCGGUACUAUACAACAUUCUUGACUGGCCUACUAAGCCACAUUCCAAGUUAAUUGUGAUAGGAAUUGCAAAUACAAUGGAUCUUCCAGAGAAGUUGCUUCCUCGCAUUUCAAGCCGAAUGGGUAUUCAGAGGCUCUGCUUUGGCCCCUAUAAUUAUCAGCAGCUUCAGGAAAUCAUAUCAAGUCGUUUGAAAGGAAUUGAUGCAUUUGAAAAGCAAGCAGUAGAAUUUGCUUCAAGAAAGGUAGCAGCUAUUUCAGGGGAUGCACGCCGUGCUCUAGAGAUAUGCAGGCGUGCAGCAGAUAUAGCAGAUUAUCGUAUCAAGAAACAAAUUUCAACUGUGAAUUCUUCUACAGGGAAAGAUAUUGUUACCAUGGCCGAGGUUGAUGCAGCCAUUCAGGAAAUGUUCCAGGCGCCUCAUGUACAAGUAAUGAAAAGUUGUUCUAAACUGAGUAAAAUUUUCUUAACGGCAAUGGUUUAUGAGCUCUAUAAAACAGGAAUGGGGGAAACUACCUUUGAAAAGUUGGCAAUGACUAUUUCAUGUCUCUGCACAAGCAAUGGAGAAGCAUUUCCUGGUUGGGACACAAUUUUGAAAGUUGGCUGCAAGCUUGGAGAAUGCAGAAUUAUCCUGUGUGAACCAGGAGAUAGGCACAGGUUGCAGAAGCUGCAGCUCAAUUUUCCCAGUGAUGAUGUGGCUUUCGCCCUGAAAGACACCAAGGAUCUGCCAUGGUUGGCGAAGUAUCUAUGAUUCAAGAAGCCUGCAAUUACAUUAAAUUCUAAAUUUAUAGCUACAGUUUGCCUUCGUUCCCAUUUUAAGAUCCCCACUUUUCCCUUGUAUUUCAAUCACAUUCAUGCUGUCAUUGCAAUGUUUUAGCUAUAUGGUAUUUGGAAGAGGAAAUUGUUCCAUUUGAGGCAUACCUACUUUUCAGUAUGAAAAAUACUGAGAUGAACAGUUGGUGUUUGUGAUUUUUUUUUUUACUACAGUAAGAAAAUAGACUUGAGAACUCAGAAGAUAAUAUCUUAUGCCAUUGGCUCUA